GUACAAUGCACCUUGGUGCCUUCCAUUGCUGGGGUCAUGCCUCCCCAGUUCAUCCACACAAUUCAUGCUUUGAUCAACUUCAUUUACAAGGCCCAAAGCCCUGUUUAUACAGAUGCCUCAAUUGACUCCAUGGUUGCAUCUCUGAAAGAGUUUCAUGAUCAUAAACAAGCGAUCCUGGAUGCAGGAGCUAGACAAGGCACCAAAGGAAUGAUCAACAACUUCCUUAUCCCAAAGCUUGAGCUUUUACAGAGUUUUGCUGCAUUCACUAAG